AGCCCCGCGCCCCCCCAAACUGCGAAGGGCGGAGCGGCAAUAUGGCGGCGCCGGGAGCUGGUGACCCCCUUAAUGCCAAGAGUGGCGAGGCCCCUCUGGCCCAGCGCAUUGACCCGACUCGGGAGAAGCUGACUCCUGCGCAGCUGCAGUUCAUGCGGCAGGCGCAGCUCACCCAGUGGCAGAAGACUCUGCCACAGCGGCGGACCCGGAACAUCGUGACCGGCCUGAGCAUCGGGGCCCUCGUGUUAGCUAUUUAUGGUUACACCUUCUACUCAGUGUCCCAGGAGCGGUUCCUAGAUGAGCUGGAGGAUGAGGCCAAAGCUGCGCGUGCCCGAGCGGCGGAAAGGGCAUCAGCUUCCUGAUCCAGACGGGCACCGCACUUCUCUAAGCUGCUGGAUCCCCCUCACAUGACCGAUGAUGCCCCAUGACCUGUAGAAGCUGACGCCUGCUCACAGCCUUGCUGGCCACCUUACUGACCUUGGACAAUGAUCAGCCCCAAGAAGCCAGGGAUUUAUACAGAUGGCCAUCGUCAAAGGAACGUUGCCCACCUCACACUCAUGUUUGUGGUAGUUGAACCCUUCGUAUAGUUUGUUUUGGGUUUUUUUGUUUUUUGUUUUUUUGUUUGUUUGUUUUGCAAAUUAUCUAACCUUGGCUUUUCCCAAAUGCCCUGACUUUGUGGUUUAUCCCCUUCACUUCCCAGGGGCCGGGAGAAAGGAGGACAAGAGGUGGGCUGUUGUGGGAGUGGGCGUGGCAGGUCUGUGCAGGGUGGGAGCCUGGAGGAAAGAUGGGGUCAGAUUGAGAAUAAACUGAGUCAUCUCUCUCGGA